AUGCUGCGUUGCGUCGGGCCCAACUCCAUCUGGAUUUCAUCCAUGCUAACUCGUGAGUGCCUAGCUGGGGUCGGAGAGGGCACAACCCACAGUUUCCUUUUUGGAGCUCUGGCUGAAUUGCUGGACAAUGCCAGAGAUUCAGGGGCUGCAAGACUUGAUGUGUUUUCAGUGGAUAAUGAAAAACUGCAGGGUGGAUUCAUGUUAUGCUUCCUGGAUGAUGGAUGUGGCAUGAGCCCUGAGGAAGCUUCAGACAUCAUUUACUUUGGCACAUCCAAGAAACGGUUAUCAACCUUGAAGUUCAUUGGACAAUAUGGCAAUGGUCUUAAAAGUGGGUCCAUGAGAAUUGGAAAAGACUUUAUUCUUUUUACGAAGAAGGAAGAAACGAUGACCUGUGUGUUUUUCUCUCAGACAUUUUGUGAAGGAGAAGGUCUUAGUGAGGUUGUAGUUCCAAUGCCUUCAUGGCUGACAAGAACCAGAGAAUCUGUCACAGAUGAUCCACAAAAAUUCUCAACAGAAUUGUCUAUAAUUUAUAAAUACUCCCCAUUCAAAAAUGAAGCUGAAUUAAUGCAGCAAUUUGAUGUGAUCUAUGGAAAAUGUGGUACUUUGCUGGUUAUUUAUAACUUGAAGCUGCUGCUUAGUGGAGAACCAGAAUUGGAUGUUAAAACUGACAAAGAAGAUAUACUGAUGGCUGGGGCUGAUGAGGAUUUUCCAGAGAGAUGGUCCUUCAGAGCCUACACAUCUGUUCUGUAUUUUGACCCCUGGAUGAGAAUAUUCAUUCAAGCCAAAAGAGUUCAAACAAAACACCUAUGUUAUUGCCUCUACCAACCCAGAAAGUAUCUGUAUGUCACAUGUUCUUUUAAAGGAACACUUAAAAAUGAAGUAAAAAAGGCAGAAGAAGCAGUAAAGAUCGCUGAACUUUCAUUGAAAGAAGCACAAAUCAAAGUAAACCAGCCUGACAUAACUUCUUCGUCCUCCACCAAGGAUAUAUUACAGAAAGCUUUGGAAGAUGUAGAAGCCAAGCGUAAGAAUCUUAAAGAGAAACAGAGAGAAUUAAAAAAAGCAAGAACGCUCUUCCUGUUCUUUGGAGUGAACAUAGAAAACCGAAGCCGAGCUGGCAUGUUCAUUUACAGUAAUAACCGUUUGAUCAAAAUGCAUGAGAAAGUGGGGCCACAGUUGAAACUGAAGUCCUUACUUGGUGCAGGCGUAGUUGGAAUUGUUAACAUACCCUUGGAGAUCAUGGAACCAUCCCACAAUAAACAAGAAUUUCUCAAUGUCCAAGAGUAUAAUCAUCUACUGAAAGUCAUGGGACAGUACUUGGUUCAGUACUGUAAGGACACUGGGCUCAGUAACAGAAAUCUAACGUCAUUUUGGAAUGAAUUUGGAUACCAACAUAGCAAGGACAUGGAGACAUCUUUAGAUUCUCUUCAGUAUCAAAGAAGACAAGCCAUGGCCAUCCCAUUCAUGGUACAGUGUGAUCUUUGCCUUAAAUGGAGAGUCUUGCCUUCCUCUAUGAAUUAUCAGGAAAAAGAAUUUCAUGACAUGUGGAUUUGUGCUAAUAAUCCUAACCUCUUGGAAAACAGUUGUCGGCAGGUAGAACGUCUGCCUUCCAUCCCCCUGGGCACCAUGAGCACAGUAUUACCAUCAAAAAAUGAGAAAGAGAAGCAACUUAGAGAGUCGGUCCUAAGGUAUCAAAAUAAACUGGCAGAACAGCAGUCACAGGUGAGCUACACUAUCAUUACGAGUAGGAUUGCUGAGUUCACUCCCACCUGCCUUACUUCAACACUUAAGGAAAAUACCAAAACUCAGAAAAUCAGACCUUCAGGUGUUGAUUUGAAGCAUGAAUCUCUUUCACCCAUUGAGCUUUCAGUCGGUCAAAGAAGCCAAAAAAGAAACACAGAACAUACAGACUCUGAUGUAGAGUAUGUUUCGGAUUAUAAAAUUAUGAAAAAGUCUGUGCAAAAGAAGAUGAAACCCCUACAGCAGAGACAUAUGGUGCCAGAAAACAUCCAAUUAGCUGAGAGACCUCAGGCCUCUUCCGGGGAAAUGAAAAGGAAACAGAGUCUCAACCUCACACAGGAAUGUAAGGUGUUGAGUGAAAUUCAGACCAGCGACAGUGAUCCAGAUAUAAUCCUGGUUUUAGAUAAAAGCAGCACUGAUGUUUCAUUGAAACAAGAACAAAAGGAAGUUCCACUCAUAAACGAAGAAAAACAGGAGCUGUGCAGUGAUACUCCAGCAAUAAAAAGAAACUCUUCAUUUCCUAACCAGGAAAGCUCGUCCUUUGUGCCAAUGGAAGAUUUCAGUCCAAUUUCUGGACACGAAGCCAAAGUUUCUGUGAGUGAUGGUUGUAAAGUUGCAUCUUCACUGGUGACAUCUUCUCAAAGCACAAUUGUCAAGGAAACGGCAAGAAAACUGAUGUCUAAUUUAAGGGAGGUCCUUCUGUAUUUUUUUCCUGAGUAUCAGCUACCAUCAGUAUUUGACUGCACAUCUGCAGAAGAACUCAGAGCAAGUUCUGAGCUGGAGCAAUGCCCAGAGCAGACGAACAAAAAGCUGAAAAUAUGUUUCAACCAAAUCCAGAAUGUUUACAUGGUCCAAUAUGAAAAGAAAAUAAAAAGAAAAAUGCAGUGCAUCAUCCAUGAUGCAAAUAGAAGAGGAAUUCUUAAUGAAAUAUCUCUGGGACACUGUGAACAAAAAAGAAAAACUACUGAGGAUAAACUGAAGAAUCUUCGUGUAAAACUGGCAAUGUUGUUGCAGACACUUCAGCUGGGUGGUCCAGCAGAUGACCUGGAGCAGAUUGACGUUUAUUUAGAAGCUUUGCUGAAAGAAGAUAAUCUCCUUUCUAGACCCGUUAAACAAAGUGUUGCAGGGCAUGGUCUCCCUUUAGAGAGCAAUGGAAGGACUUCUCAAAACUAA